UUAUAACAUGUAUAACAGUAUUAUAUUAAUUUGUCAUUUGAUCAACAGUAAAGUUGUUUCUGACAGAAUGUUUUCUUAGGGAAAUUGAAUGGUGAACAAAAAAUUGAAUAAAUAUUGUUAAAUUUUGAACUGAAUUUAUAGACUCAUUGUAAAAUAAGAAAUGUUAAACAUGCAUGAUAUAUAAUAUAUAAAAGUUCAUUUGUGUUGGUAGUUACUUCUUCGGUGUCCAAUAUUCUUAUAGCGUACGUACAGUGAAACAUAAUGUCUAAGUGACUCAAUAUAAAGGUGUUGUGACAGUUCUGAACAGACUGAACUCCGCCGUGAGUGCUCUAGUAACCUCGCCUUCAAAGACCUGUCAAACAUGCCCCUCUUUUUCAUAAUAAUGCCAAUUACAUAACAUCUUACAUAAAGAUCGAUAAAACAUUAAUUAAAUAUCAGUCUGUUUCCUUGGAAUGCAAUAAAUUGACACUUGUCUAAUAUGACAUUAAAUGAAGACUAUUGCUGACUUAUUUCCACAUAUAGCAGAUAUUACCACCACUAGGCCUAGGGUGCCUAUUACUACCACUGUGGCAGUGACUACUGCAACUUUAGUGUCGAAAGACAGUACUGAACAGCAAACUGACAUUGAUACUAGCAGACAGACUCAAGGAACAACAAAGUUUACAUCAACAACUUCAUAUACAAACAGUCCUGCAGAUAUCACCACCACUAGGCCUAGGGUGCCUAUUACUACCACAGUGGCAGUAACUACUGCAACUUUAGUGUCGAAAGACAGUACUGAACAGCAAACUGACAUUGCUACUAGCAGACAGACUCAAGGAACAACAAAGUUUACAUCAACUUCUUAUAGGCCUGGAAUGAUGGAAAGACAGGGAAGUAGCACCCCAGCAAUCGUGGGAGGGGUGUGUGGUGCAGCAGUCAUCUUCAUCAUCGCUGGUGUGGCUGUCUUUAUACUGUGGCGCAGGAAGUUCAGGCACAAUACUGAAAAAGGCAACAACAGAGGGGUGACCAUGAGUAGUUUACAGAAUGGACACCCCCACCCUACUGAGGGUACAGUGGACAAUGUGAUAUAUGCUGGUGACAACGCAGGAAUCGUGGACAACCUCAUCUACGAGGGCGGGAUGGGAGCGGACGGCGUGUUCUCAAACCCUGGGUACGCGGACAAGACACCGCAGUUCAAACCACGCAUGGAUGUACCAGGUGCAUUUGUACAGCCCAACCCAGGAGCAACCAACAAGACCCCCCAACCCCAGCGGAACGUUAUCAUAGACGAGCCCCAGUAUGCACAGAUAGUUGAUGACCAGUAUGCAGAUCCUCAGAAAGUACGAGACAAGAAAAACAAGAAGAAAGCAGACAAGGACAAAAACUAUGCCGACCUUCAUGGGCCACAGCCGGGUGCAAAUAACUCAAACAGCAACCAUGUCUACCAGGGACUGAAUAAAGGUACCGACUAUCAAAGUUUGAGGGGUCCGAGAGAGCAUCACGAAGUAAGGCCUUCUCAGGUACCAAAAACUCCGCAAGACGGACACGAUUAUGCUUCCCUUGCACCUGGAGGUUCAAAGCCAAGUGCAGGAACAUUGUCGAAGGAAGGACCAGACUAUACGGUGUUGGAAGGCCCAGACUCCCCCGGGGAGGAGACUGCAGCAGGGCCAGAUUACACCACCCUGGAUGGCCCAGACUCCCCCGGGGAUGAGAUUACCUCAGGCCCAGACUACACAGUUCUGGAUGGCCCAGAUUCUCCAGGUGAUUAAGACAUACUAGUAUCAACUUCUGACGUUUUGGGAGCAUCAUCAAGGACUUCAAGAUGCCUUGUUCAGUAAUUCUGUGUAAUUACAUUUAUGUAAAUAUAAUGGAUUUAAACGAAUUUACCACUAUACAGUUUAAGGAAAAACUGUUAAGAUAUUUUCAAACUGGAAUUGGUGCUGGGACCAUAUAGCAUUUUUUAAAAGUUUUAUCUUAAUAAUUCUAUCCAACUGACCCUUGUGAGAAAUUCUUCUAUGUCUGUAAUCCAAGUUACCCCCAGACUGAGUCAAUAUGUGCAUUUAAUCAAGGAUGACAAACUGUAUUUUUAGCCUGGAGAGAGAGCCAAGGCUUCCAGUGACAUAUUAGGAAAGCCUGAGGAGAUAAUUGUUAACUAUUAAUAACCAGAGAAGCACAGAGCAAGGUUAGCGUGUUUGUGUGGAAUGUGGUUCUGGCUGGGAGAGUGCAAAUGUUUGUGGAUCAAAUCACACCUCCAGUCCACGGGUUCAUGUUCAUGUUAGUGGAUCAAGGUUAUCGUUAUCGUGUGAUAUGUCCUUAUUUUGAAUUUUCUUCUCAUUUGGGACUAAAGUUUUAUCAGACAGGACUGUGAGAAAUUCCUCUAUUGCUAAAUAGAUUACUGUAAUUAUGAUAAGUGUAAGUUAAAAAAUAAUGUCUGGUAAAAUAUCAAU